CUUUUGAAGGGUGGGUUUAUAGAAUAGAUAGGCUAUAGCUUUAACAGCACAUGUCAUCAUGUCAAUCUGAAUAUUCUUCUUCAUACACAAUCAUUUCUUUUCCAUUACUGUUCUUCUUCUUCUUGUUUUUCAUCUCACACUUUUUUCCCUUCAAAGCAUGUUACUAAGUUUCUGUUGUAUUUUUGUUUUCUUCUUCAAAUUGUUCUAUCACCUACUUUGAUCUAAAUCUUUGUUUUUUUCCUUUUGUUCUAUUCAAUACACUUUUUUCUUCUUCAUAUUUUUGUUUUUACUUGUAGUUUUGUUAUAUUAAGUCAAAAAGUUAAGUUUUUUCUUGUUGGGUCAUGUUUGUUUUGAGUUCUUUUCUUUCUCUUCAAUUCAUUGUUGAUUGAGGAUUAUGUGAAACUAAAAAAGUUCAGUUUUUGUUUUUUGAGUUAUGUUUAUUUUGAGUUCAUUCUCUUCAAUUCAUUGUUGAGACUUGAUAUUAUGCAUGUUGGGAUUUUGAGCUCUUUAUAGGAAAAUGGCUAUAGAGGAAAUUCAUUCAUGGAGUUUAGGAGAAAUUAUUGGAUCCUAUAUUGACCUUUUUAUAGCUUAUGUAUUGUUAUGUGGUUCAAUUAUUGCAUUUUUUGCUUUCAAAAUGUUUAGGUUUUUUGGACUUGUUUUGCCUUGUCCUUGCAAGGGGAUUUUAGGGUAUAGGAAUAGUGAUUUUUGUUUACAUAAGAUAUUGUUUGAGUUGCCUUUAAGGAAGAUAUGUUCCAUUCAAGUAAUGGCGGCGAAGAGGUUUCCGUUUGAUUUGGUUUGGGUGAAGAAAGGUCAUUCUUUAGAUAAUUCCAAUGAGAACAACAUUGUUGUUGAUGUUAAAGAAAAAACAAGUGAUAGUAGGAUUGUUGAAUUGGAAGACGAGAGUUCUUGUUCAGGUCCGCGUUUGCUUUCAUUAGUAGACAGGGACAGUGGAUAUGAUGCUAAGGGGAAGAGGAUUUUGAGUUUGAAACGUAGGUCAGGAACUCGGCGGAGGAAGAGGGGGAGUUAUGAUUAUGGAAAAAUGGAUUCGGUUAUUCGUUGUGAUAGUUUCCAGUCUGAUGUUGCAUUCAGUUCUUGCUUGCCUUGUGAUGGAAGCAGCAGUGUGAUUAAAGAUAGAUCAAGUCAGAGCAUAUAUCUUGAUUCAGGGAAAGAAGUUAAUGUGCACUACGAUGAAGAUGACCGGACUUGCCAUGAUUUGGACGAAAAAACCUGUCACAGUUAUGAAUUUAAUGCAUCGACGGUUGAUAGUCCUGGAACAGGAAUAUAUUCAAGUACUACACAAGAAAAUAUUGAGAUUGCUGGAAAUGAAGACAACCAUGUAACAAUGUAUGAAAAUCCACUCGAAGGAGAGAAUGCUGCUUAUGCUGCUCUUUAUCUAGAGCUAGAGAAGGAGAGAGCUGCAGCUGCUACUGCUGCUGACGAAGCCAUGGCUAUGAUAUCGCGUCUGCAAGAGGAGAAAUCAUCAAUGGAAAUGGAAAUGAGACAAUACGAGAGGUUAAUUGAAGAAAGAGUUUCUUAUGAUGAAGAAGAGAUGAAUAUUAUGCAAGAGAUUCUUAUAAGAAGGGAAAGGGAAAAUCUUUUUUUGGAAAAGGAACUUGAAACUUUUAGGCAAAUGAGUUUGACAGAAAGUUGCGAGUUGCAUUCGAAGUCAGCAGAGGUGCGGCUUAGUGAAUGGAAACGAAGCUCGCCACUUUCAUUUGAAACAUGUGAUGAUCCAUCACAGAUCGAAAGUACUGUACUUAUUGUUAAGCAAGAUUGUACCAAUAAUACAGAACAUGAAGAGUUGGAUAAAAACACUGAAUACAAGGAUCGAGCAUGUGAUGAUUUGCAUAGCUCCUUUUAUGAUACUGAGUCUGAUGUUCUUGAUGUCCACGUUAUUGACGACGGUCAAUGCGCAAGCAAGACCGAAUUUGACAACAGAGUUGAUGGCUCGAAAUGCAAAUCUCUGCCAUUUGAUUCUGAAAGUGAUUCUUCAUGUUUAAUUCAUGAUGAAAGGGUAAGGAUUGACAAUGAGAUUGAAGUUCUUGGAGAAAGGCUGAAGAUGGUGAAACAUGAAAAAGAAAAAAUGACUAUGUUUUCAGAGAAAGGAGAAAAUGAAAAAGGUCAGUUGAAGCUUUUGGAUGAGAUAGCAAACCGUCUUCAGAAAAUUAAACAAUUGAGGAAUCCGGCACGUGGCGCAUCAUUGCCCCCUCCAUGGACUAAGGUAAGGGAGAGGAAAAGACGCUGCCAAAGUGUGUCUUUGGAGACAAGUGAAAGCUGCUAAACCAUGUAGUUUUUAAUUGUCAUGAGGUUUGUGCCUUUGUCUUCAUAGCCAAGCAUCCUUGGCAACUUGUAAACGUCAUGGCAAGUACCUCUUGUAGCCAUUAGAAUUCAUCACUCCUUCCUUAACCUUGUUGUAUGUUUGAGAACAAUUUUAGUAUUGUAAAUAAACGUGUCAUCAUAGUCAACUAGUCUCAAUUUGUUGAAAAGCAUGAAAGGUAUUCACAAGUA